UGGCUGGUGCAGUCCAGAGCAAGCUGCUGCAAUGACAGCCUGAAGGUGCAGCAGCCUCUGGAGCCUGCAUUGAAACUGAAAGCCAACCUUCCGUUGCGCGGAGAAUUAUUACUACUGCUGCUCUUGUGCUUAUUCAUUUUUGCACAAAAGAGACUCAAAAUAUGGCCAGUGGUAAUGUAUCCAGUUUACAGGAUGCCCAGAGCAGGCAUUGCAAGUUUCUAUCUUAUAUGUUCUACCAGGCUGUCCGAGAUCACAAACCUGUGUGGUUGCUAGAGGACAUGAGGACUAUGGAAUAUUUCUACUGGGAGGAGAGUGCUAACAUGAGAACCUAUUCCCCUUCAGAAGCAUUGCUGUAUGCUGUGGUGCAUAAUCACCUGCCUUAUGCCCAGUAUCUGCUGUCUCAUUUUCCGGAAGAAGCUCUCAAAGUUCCUGGAGAACAUUUUUGCUAUUGCCCAUCCUCUGCUCCUCAUUUAGCAAUGGCUGUAACCUAUGACAGGAGGGACAUCCUGGGGCUGAUCAUCAGCAUCGCACACAAGCUGCCUAGCCUGAACUCUUACAUCAAUAGGACCGGCUGUUUUCAUCUUGAAGAUGGCAAGACCCCUCUGCACCUGGCCUGUGAGCUCCUGAGAUCAGAGACUGUUCUCAUCUUGCUAGGAAACGGAGCUUGUCCUAGGAUAGAAGACAACAAAGGGCUCACUCCACUGGAUGUCAUCCUAGAACAGAUGUGGGAUUCCAAAGUCAACGUGGCUUCCAAAAACCUCUGCCUCGACUACCUCUUGCUCUUCAUGCCUAGCCCCCGCUUUAAGAUGCAGAAGGUCUUGCAGGAGCAUCCUGAACCCUGGGCAGUGCUGCUUGGAGAGGACAAGUUCAACUGCCUGGUGGGGAAUACGCCUGCAUCCUUGUACCUCCAAGCUAUGCAAACCAUCCUCCAGAUUCUCCCACCCUCUCAUUUCCCUAAAAGCAUCCAGGAACUACCUAUACCUCAGGCACUAAAGCCCCUGCCUUGCAUGGGCAAGCAGCAACUGGCAAAAAAUGGGGUAAACAAUUUUCCAUGAUCUACGCUUCGUUAUUUUCAGGGUUAAAGUCAAAGAUAAGUGAAUCAGACUUAAUUUAGAACAAUUCUAUCCUACAAUAAAAAUAUAUUUCUGAGUAAUUUUUACCAAACACCUGCUAAAAUAACAUAAAAUAACCUUUAAAAAGUUGUUGACCACUAUUUUCUUUUAUACAACAUCUUAAUAACAUCUCAUGGUCUCCCUAAUAUAGGGGUGUCAAACUCUGGCCCCACCCCCACAGUGAUACAUCAUGUGACAACGUGCCAUCAUGAGUUUGACACCCUUGCCCUAGUACAUCAAGAUUCCCAAGGUGGUGGCACAGGAGUAUUGCAGGCUAAUUCUGCCUACAGCCAGCAGUUCAAUUCUCGCUGGUUCAAGGUGGACUUAGCCUUCCAUCCUUCCAAGAUUGGUAAAAUGAGGACCCAAAUUGGGGGUAAUAUAUUGAGUCUGCAAAUUGCUUAGAGUGGCCUGAGAAGUACUAUGAAGCAGUAUAUAAGUCUUAAGUGCUGUUGCCAUUGGAGUUUCUACCUUCAAUUUAAUUUUUUUUGGCCCCAACGCCAUUACAGCACAGAGACUUAAAGAGUCAGCCAACCAAUCACCACCCACACAUGCAUACACAUAUUAGUGUAAAGUAUAAAGUUACAUGUGAAGAUUCUUGAGAACAUUUCAAUGCUAAAACUUGAUAGUGUACCAUAUCUCUCAGAGGCAUCAGAUCAUAGUCAAUAUUUCUAAGAAAGUCAUCAAAAUUAUCUUUAAUAUCUUGUUUCCAAAUUGAAAGGGACAUUUCUAUAUUUUUUGUAGACCCAAAGUCAGGUAAUACUGUAGGAUAUUAAGCAGCACACUCUGCCACAUUAGCAAUUUGCCCUGAUCUGGAAUAUUUUCCUUUCCUGAAAGAAGAAAAUAAUGAACAAAAAGGUUUCUGCGAAAGCCUGCUCAAAACUCCUGCAUAGAUUUCACCAACAUCUGCAGCCAAAGGUCCUACUUGCUGUACCUUCCAAGUCAGGGAAAGCACAAAAUACGCAAGCUUUCUUUUAUUUUCUUUUUUAUGCUUAUGGAACAAUAAAGUGAUUGCUGGCAUUGGUCUCUAGCCAGUGCCAAUGAGAUUUUGGCUGCUGAUACCUGCAGGGUGAAAGGCUGAGCCUGAUGUUCAUGUACUUCCCAUCCAAUGUCAGUGGAGAAAAGAUACAGGUAUAGGAAAAUGACUAACUCCAGACUGUGCAAUGGACUGACAAAAUUCACCCAAUUUAAAAGUCCUAUUAAUCCAAACUUCAGAACAUUCCAAAUACAAAAGGAUCAGUUAAGAGGCUGUUCCAUAUCCUGGAUGACUUUUAAGGAUUGUUGCCUGGGAAAUCUGGAGGAAAGAUCAAUGUCAGAGAGGUGAAAUAGAAAAUUGUACAAUAAAAAGGCUCAGAGAGGGGAAAGUGUGCCUGUAUGUAUGUGCAAAUUACAGACCUCAAACACUUAAUGGCCAGCAGUCUGUGAUAGCUGCAGUCAUAAUAGACAUGGGUAGUUUGUGCUGAUUAAUUAUCAAUAUUUUUUGCUGCCUAGAGUUGCUAAAUUUAACCAAUCUAGCCUUAGAAGACAACAUAUUGCUGAUUAUGCUACAAAACUGUAAUCAGUGUCUGAGAGAUGAUGGCAAUGCAGAAGGGGAGAUGAGCCAUUCAACAGUGAGCCACUCAUUAUCCCAAAGAGGCACCUACCAAUUCUGAAUUUGCCACAACAACCCCACAAAAAUUCAGGCUAGCCAAUCCACACAUUUCUGUUAAUGAUAUCCAAGAAGAAAUUUCUCCACAAUAAUCCAUACUAAUGGCUAUUGCAAAGUCAUCUGGGAACUUCUGGAUGGGGUCACCAAUUUAUGAGAAAAAUACAAUUUCCUGUUCAUAUCUAUUUAAUACAACUUAAUGGGCAGAAAUCAGCAAGUGAAGUAUUUUAGCCAUACAGAGGUAAACAUUAUUAUAAGUGUGCACUCCUAUUUCAAGUGAAAAAUUGGAGAGGUUGUAUUGUUCACCAAUGGGUGAAUUCCACACUUACCUGGAUCCAUAAGAGGAUUCAUGUGUUGUGAGAAUAUAAAAAAAUAGUCACUUGAUCCAGUGAAUUAAUCCACAGGGAGUUAAAUUCAAUGCUGAGCUGAUGCAAACAUAUAAAGGAUUAAAGUAAUGCUAUUCAGUGAGUCAUCCUGUGGAAACACUUAACCCCAUGACAUGAUAUAUUUUGUGUACAUAAUCUUCCAGGAAAAAGAGUUGGAGAGAAAGAACAGUUCAAAAACCAAGGCUAUUUAUUUAUAAAUAUCUUGCAUUUCUUAAAUCCUUGAUGCAAUGGCCAAGAUGCGUCAACUGGCUUCAUAAAAGACAAAUAUGCUAGUAAUGAUGUGAAAGCUUGUCAGUAGUGUCUUUAUACCGGAGCUCAAGGGAUACUGGACACUUUCUGAAAAAAUGAAUGGGAGUUCUGGGUUUCCCAAAAUGUGAUUUUGGGUUCAGGAGGAUUGCUUGGGUUAGUGUCAGGGGCAAGCAAUCAGAUCUUCUUAUGAAGGGUCUAAGUCAAUACAUUUAUUGUGUUCUACCUAGAAUAGAAGAAUCUCCCCAGAAUGGCUGGGAGUUUACCAACAAUUAGCUGAGAGAUAUGGGAAGAGGAGCUUUUUGUAGCCCACUGUCCUUACGUUUUCUUUCAAGGCUGUACUACCUCAUUUUCUAAAUUACAUAUAUUUGGUAAUUCAAAUUCAAAAUGUGGGUUGAAAUCUCUCAUUCACAAGUAAUGGUUGUUCAAGUAAUAAAAUGUA